AUGGCGCGCAAAGAAAAGGCAGAAGUCAGCGAAUAUGAGCGCAAGAGGCAGGAAAACAUUGCGAAGACGCAGGAAUUGUUGCGAAACCUCGAACAAGAAGCUGCGCAGGCUGGCUUAGGGCCUUCCAAAACGCGCGCGUCAUCCACAACGAAGUCGAAAGCGAAGAAACCUGCGCCCAAGAAGAUAAAGCAGGAAGACGUUGGGCCACGGCGAACAUCGUCACGUCUGAAGGGCAUUGAGGCGGAUAGUGACAAGGCGAAGCGCAAGGCGGAGGAAGAGUAUGACGCGUUACGCGAAGCCGAUCGGGCAAAGAGACAGCGCGUCAGCGGUGCAUUUAGACUCAGUGACAUUGUUGUUGCUGGCAAAGGAUGGGAUCAAAGUGGGAACUUCUUGUCUAUCGUUGGGCCUGCGAAGCCAUAUGAGCGCACGUUUGACUUUGACGAUGUGAAGGAGACCACGGACAAGGAAUUGAGAGCAUUGAGGGAGAAGAUGAGCGGCUUAGAGCUUUGGGAGGACUUUGAACCAAACGAGAUCAAAAUCACGCCCGAGCGAAUAUACGCCAUGGGCCUUCACCCAACAACCGAAAAACCUCUAGCCUUCGCAGGAGACAAGCUGGGCAACCUCGGAAUCUGCGAUGCCUCACAAAAGGUCUCGGUGAAACAGGAGGAAGACGACGAAGACGCCGACAUAGAAGGACCAACAAUCACUACCCUUAAGCCGCACACACGUACAAUACACACCUUCCAAUUCAGCCCGCACGACGCAAACGCACUCUACUCCGCUUCAUACGACUCCACAGUACGGAAACUCGAUCUAGCAAAGGGGGUUGCAGUCGAAGUAUACGCGCCAUCUGAUCCAAAUGAGGAUGCGCCGUUAUCCGGUCUUGAGAUCACCCAGAACGACCCACAUACGCUAUACUUUUCUACUCUUAAUGGUCAAUUCGGAAUAUACGACAUGCGCACACCGGCCUCAACAGCAGACGUUUUCCAGCUCUCAGACAAGAAAAUCGGAGGCUUCAGUCUGCACCCCCAGCAUCCACACCUCGCGGCCACGGCAUCUCUGGACCGCACUCUUAAGAUCUGGGAUUUGCGCAAGAUAACUAAGACGGACGGGGAGCGGCUUCCGGCAUUGGUCGGCGAGCAUGAGAGCAGACUUUCCGUUUCACAUGCGGCGUGGAAUUCGGCGGGGCAGGUUGCUACCGCGAGCUACGACGAUACGGUUAAAAUCUACGAUUUCGGGAACUGUGCCGAUUGGGGGGCUGGGAAAGAGUUGACGGAGAGUGAGAUGAAACCCACGACUAUUGUGCCUCACAACAAUCAGACUGGACGAUGGGUUACUAUAUUACGAGCCCAGUGGCAACAGUUCCCGCAAGAUGGUGUCCAGCGCUUUUGCAUUGGUAACAUGAACCGGUUCGUCGACAUAUAUACUGCGAAAGGUCAACAACUGGCGCAGUUGGGUGGUGAGGGCAUCACUGCGGUGCCGGCUGUUGCUAAAUUCCAUCCGACGCUUGAUUGGGUCGCAGCUGGUACUGCGAGUGGAAAGCUGUGUUUGUGGAUAUAA